GGGGUGUGUCUUAAGUAAAAGAGGACAGGGCUUACAUACACCAACAUAUUUGUGUUAUAGGCCACUCCCACUGUCAGACCCUCUUUUUGGCAUGAACACAAACACACACCUUCACACCCACACACUUGACCUCCAUGCCAAAACUCAGCAUCCUAGGACGGAAACUGUUGCCACUAAAAGGUUCGUAGUGUGUUUUUCUGACUGGUCCAUCUGGAGUUUAUCCACAGAGCUCCAAUAAUGUCAGUUGCCGAUAUUCCCAUUCUGGAGAUCUUCCUGGGCAUCCUGGGCUUCGGCCUCUCCAUCAUGUUCUGCACGACCUUCUGCAGUGCGUGCAGUCGCUUAAGAGAGGAGCAGAUAGACAGGGAGGCGUGGAGACGCAGUGAGCAUGAACCGCGCCCUCCUCCAAUAUAUUUCAUCCCCUUCCACGGUAGCAUGUCACAGCAGGACAGCGACGAGCACCCCAGGGUGCCUCGAUACAGCCAGGAGAUCCACACACCACCCCGAUAUAGCAACACUGUCUUCUGUGGGCCCCCACCUUCCUACAAUGAGCUGGGACUGAAGCCUGAUGAUCUCCCCCCUGCUUACACAGAGCACAACGUUCCUAUGUAUCCCAUCGCACCUCCACCUCACACAGACAUGGUUCAGCCACAAACAGAGUCACAAGAAUAAGCCAGGACCAUCACACUAUGCCUCUGCUGAGGUUAUGGACAGUCUUCAUUAUUGAACUGCCUCAUGGACUUAAGUGAGCUGGCACUGGAGUAAACAAUGUUGAAAAGAUUAUUUUUAUUGUGAGUUUUUUGUGUGAAAAUGAAUGAUGAUGAUGGCACAGAUGGGAUAAAAGCUGCAGAAAUGGCACCAGGUUUAGAGCUACAAUGCCAUGAGGACAGCACAUUCUCUGAGCCACUAAAACAGAUUUUACUUCCUUGUACGUUGAUUGGGUAAAUGGGAUCCAUUCCCCCACUUGUUAUUAUCAUCUCCAACAAGGAGGUUAUGCUUUUGGUCCUGUUUGUUUGCAUGUCUGUCUGUUUCGUUUAAUUAGCAGGAUCUCAAAAAUCACUUUAAAUUAUUUUUUUAUGAAAUAAGUGUAAAUUCAGGAGUGAAUGUGAAUGUGAAUCCAAUUGGACCACUAUGUGGCCAUAUAUAAAGCACUUUGUUUUGGCUCUUUUCCCCUGAAUCAUGAAGAGAGUCGUGUUUCCUCCUGGAUUACUUUUUCCAACAUGUAAUAGUGACUGCACAAAGUUUAAAUUACAUUUUUUUCAAUCCUCAAAAGAUUGGAAAGAUUGGUAUAUUAUAUAUUUUGAUGAGUUGCAAAUGCAAAACCAGUUGUCAAAAUCCGGUAGUUGUGGCCUAUUUGACAAUUCGAAAUGAUAUACAAUCUAGGAUUAUGAUUAAUAGUUAUCAGUAUAUUUCAAUGCAAUCCUAUGAUGUUUAUUAGCAUUUUGCCGAUAGGUGGCACAGCAACAUGAUACAAUUGAAAUGGCCAUUACUCAGUGUUCAUGAUUCACUUGAUUUUUGGGCAUAAUUUAUUUAAGCUCAAAUAUUCAUUCACAGAAUUCAGAAUUCAUACAUCAUGACUAUCAUCGUGAUCACUAUCAUCUACUCAGGAUCACUCUCUAUUGCCAUUUGUAUUUUAAUGAAGAUUUUGAUCCACAUGCUGUUUUAAAAACAUCUCAAUGUUUUCUUGCAUCAAGUCUUCAAGUCAUUCAGUUUUAGGGAAGUAUGUGCUCUCUGAGUUCUUUGUAGUUUAUAAUUUGUGUUUGAUAUAUACUACAAUAUACAAUGAUGAACUAAGUAGCAGCCUUGAGACAAAACCAGAGACACUCUGGAUGAAUGAAUUCAUUGUUUUAACAUGUAGCAAUGGUUUUCAGUGACUGAAUGAUGCAUUCAAAUCAAAUAGGAACAACUUUCAGAACAACUUGAUGGUCCAAAGCAACAACUUGUUCUCAGGUAAUCAAACUUGACUUGAAGUGACUUUAGCUCUUAAAAUGAAUAUGUUGACAAUGCAUGUUAAAAAUCAGUAUAAGGGUAAGUAUUUUAAGGUCAGAGCUAUGCUGUAUAUCUUCAUCUUUCCCAAAUAAGUACUGAUGAGAAACUUCAGUUCAAACAGCCUGCUCUGAGAACAAUAUAGCAGUUUUUUGUGAGAUUUCUGGAGACUUUGCUUGAAGGUUUGAAUCAAACAAUGACCAUACUGUAUACAUAUUGUGUUAAUAAGCAAAUAGCAAAUCAGAAAUGUUUAAAUCUCAAGACAACAUGUGAAUUAUACAAAUAUAGUAGCUGAUCCCUGUCACUCCAAAGAUAUGUCUGUAAUAUCAAGGGAAAUUUAAUUAGAAAUAUCGACUGAUUAAAUCUACCUUUAUGUCUAUAUAUUUAAUGGUAUACCCUAUUUCUAUGUGAAUGGAAGAUGUUCAUAAUGCUAUGAUCAUUCAUGUUUUUCAACAAACAAUAA